AUGAGGUUGUUGCGGCUCUUGGUAUCGCUCUUCCCUCGGGCGGGCUUCUUAGUCCUAAUGCCUGAGUACAAGCAGGAGGUCAUACAGCUUGCGCUCCGUGCGCCAUGCGCUCUCGAAGAUGCGUUGGCCGAAAUAUCGGAUGCCAGAUCCGCCGACAACUCUGAGAGAUUUGACUGUCUGGUCCCUGCAUUCCCACAGCCAGACAUAUCGUUCGGGACGGUCUUAGCUGUGCCAGAGAGGGCCUCGGUCUUUGGCUGUUGUGUUGUGGCAGACCUCCGACUUGUGGACAAUCGUCUGUUUGCAUAUCUCAUCAAGGGCCGUCUGAACCGAAGCUCUCUCCUUUUGCAGCUUGGUGUUCCCGAUACCACGGGUCUCCGUGUCUACUUGGGGCAUACCCUCAUGCAGGAGCUCGGCUUAUACACCUUCCAGGAAGGCCUGACGAUCUCUGUGGCGUUCACAAUUGGAUCAUGCCCUGUCCCAUCUUUCCUGGCAGUUCCCAUUGAUGUCGAGGAAGUGCAGUCCUCGCAAGACUUCAAGGCCAUCGCGGUGGAGUCCCUGCGUUUCGAGCUUUCCCGGACCACAGUCUGUCCUUCCCUUCCGCGUCUGACCGAUCUGGCCGUAUUGGGCGUGGAAUGCAAGGCUGCACUCGUUGUGACCGAAAGUGUGCCCAGGAUCCCGAUUCCCCCAGGGCGUCCUCCGGGUCAGAGGAUAGUUUUUGUCGACCAAAGACCGAUUCUACGUGGAAUCACCUGGCUACUUGUGCCUGGGGGUCUGAUCGACAUUGAGGCAUUCUUAGAGCCUCUCAGCCAGCAAGCGCCGACCGGCUACUGUGCUAUUGUUCUGCCGGCUGACGCGACCGACCUCCAUCAUGUGCGCUUAUCGAACGGUACUCUACUUACCGUCACCUACGUGCUUACAGGUCCAGGUGGCUCCUCAGAGCAGCACUCUUCUGAUGACUCCGAUAUGGACUCUGACUCUCAGGACUCCCAGGAGCCGUCUGCAGACGACACCACCACUCCAGUGCCAGACGAUGCCGAACGGGCGGUGGAGCCCUCUGCCAGCACACCUCCCGGGCGAGCCAAUGCACAGAAGCUGCUGGAAGAACCCACGCCUACAGGAGCGCUGGAUCUCGCCAGGCUUGAUGCUCUCGAGUUCUUCGCACAUGAGUUCGGCUUGCCAUGGCGUUAUGCUCCUGCUUGGCAUGUACAAGAGCGCUUGGCCCUGAUGCCCCCGAUCCCUGCGGCCGAUACAGAACAGCCGGAGCUCGUUACGGUGUGUGUAGCCAUUGCGGUACCGGGUUUCGAGUUGGAGCGGCUGAAUCUGGUCGUCCUUUUGCCUACUGAUGUAGGUAGCUUCCUGAUCGAGGUACAAGCUUCUAGGGCCCAAGCACAGGCUAGGCGCUUCCCUCAUCUCUUGCCGGUGUUGCCACAACCGGACGCGCGCUGGGUUCUCCUAGUUGCUCUCCCUGCCUGGGACCCACAGGUCUCCGUGGUUGUUUACGAUACCAGGGCGUGGGAUGGACGUGUUUUCGCGGAACAAGUCCCUGAUUUCAUGGAUCACCAUGACGCCCUGCGCAAGGCAGGGCUUUCUAUUAACGCCGAUGUUGACGUUCACACCGCGCUAGACCCUAGCAUCAUGCUCAUCGGUCAUGAUACCAGGAUCUUUCCGGGACAGCCCUGGGCUUUUCGACAAGACAUCGCCGAGUGCUGUGGCAUCCGGUCAGAUGUCGUGCAAAUUCUCCCGGCCAGGUAUCUUAUGCAAGGCUUUACCGUGAUAUGGACCAGGGGCGUCGUUGAUCUCGCAGUGCUCACUGCAGACAUUGGGGAGUUUACUCCCCUGUUCUGGGAGGUGCUCAUCAUUACUGCCCCAGGGGCUUUGCCGGCUGCUGAAGGCAGGAUACAGGCCGAGGCAGGUCAAGUUUUCACUGCCGUCUAUCGCCCCCAGUCAAUCGACGAGGCUAUGGACCCGGUGCAGGUUGCCCCUGGGUAUUCUGAGGCUCCAGCUUCUGAGGGAGGUUUAGCUGCCUCCGGCGUACCGACUGGCGAUGUUGCCGCGUCGUCCCCGGCCCACGGCGUUGUGCCAGUUUCACGAGAAGAUGAGAUGUCACAUGACACCAGUGCUGAAGGCGAUGUUACUCUUACCGCCGAUGGUCCACCAGCACCGCGCCUGCACUUCCUGAUCCUGGCACCCGAAUACUCUCCCGAUCUGGUGUCCUUGCCCGCUGAUGUACCCCUAUCAGUGGAAGACGCUCUUGAUCAAGUGUCCCCUCUACGUGAGCCCACAUCUUCAUACCGGUUUCCACGGUUGCAGCCGGUACCCAUGCAGCCAGUGACGUCGUUUGCCUGCCUACUUGCUCUCCCUGCUUGGGAAGUCACAGGAGUGCCGAUACUUAUCGUUAGUUAUGCACUCCCUUUUCGCGUCAUGGCAGCUGUUACAGGGGCGCUUCUGGCGUCUGACGACAUUCUGAGGCUGAUCGGCGCACCGGAAGAUGGCACGGCCCAGGUUUUCUUCUCGGAUGUUCCCUGGGUGCUUCCUGCUGGUCGUCAAGUCAGGGUGCAGCCCGGCGACCUAUUCACUAUAUUUCCGAGCGAUCAGCCGCGGAUACCCCCGGUUGCACUGCAGGCACUGCUGGCCUCAGAUGAAGGGUGGCAUUACGACCCUGUCCUUCCCGGCCCUUUUGUGGGUGCCGUCUGGGUACUUACGACCACCGACCAUUUGCGUGUUCCAUAUGAUCAUCGUCCUGACUUGGGCCUUCCGGAGGCGGUUUCCCAGCUUGUUGGGGUUGCUCGGGAGGAUUUGACGUUCUUGCCCGCGCAUCCCCCAAUUCAGGAUGAAGUGCCCUACCUUUUGGACCAGCGCCCGGUGCUCCUGGACCUUGUUUGGGCGGAUAAGGAGGCUGAGGCAUCCCACCGCCGAUCGGAGACUGAUCGCCCACAUCGAAGCCCUGACGAAUUGGAUCUCGCCGGCUUAGUUGACGGUCCCACGGUUCUGGACUCGGUCCUUGCGAGUGAAAAGCGCAAGGCAUGGUUCAAUGCUGUUGCACUGAUUGAGACACUUGAGGAGCACUUUGCGGUUGCGGACCCCGCGCCACCGCCCCUGGCGCCCGCCGCGAUGCUACCGUUGCCUAUUCCUCUUUCAGAGGCCGUACCCCUUUCUGACUUCCAGAGCCAGGCACUGUCUCUCCGUGACGUGCUCCCAGGUAUGCCAGGCAGUCAGAGACCGGAGGAGUUGCUGGAUUGGCUUGACAAUGAUCUUCGGGGGUUGUUGUCAGAUCCCGCUGUACCCCAUUGCAAGCGUCCUCUGUUUCAGAGUAUCCGUCAAUGGCACUCUGCAGCGACAGGCCUUGAGCCGGGUUCUAUCGCCGUGUACACAGACGGGUCCUCGACGUCGGGGCCUCGUCCUGCUGGGUUACCGGGUGCCUGGGCCAUUUCUGUGUGGGUCGUGGUCGGUACCAGUGAGUACCUUCUUGGCUAUGCCGCUGAUGCGCAUGUACCUCCUUCGGAUGAGAGGUUCGUGGGGGCUCACGACGAUACUCCCCUUACCUGCGAACAGCUGGCCUUAGCAUGGGCGUUGGCAUGGGUUAUCCAGUUCGGUGCCGCCCUUUCGCUUCCUACUUGCCUGGUGUAUGAUUGUCAGGCCGCCGGCCUUGGAGCCUUUGGUCUCGCCAGAGCUCCCGGGACAGGUCAUGCAGGGGGGUCUUCCGACCUCUCGAUGUUUGUCUGUCUCUUAAGACAACUUGCACAUACUCGUGUCCCUCUCACUCGCCGGCACGUCAAAGCUCAUGCGGGCUGUGUGGCCAACGAACUGUGUGAUGAGCUUGCCAAAAGGGCGCGCCGUAACCCGGCUGGCAGGUCCGGGGAUAUCCUGCCGGUAUGGAUGGGUCUCCUAUACGCGCAUCCCCUGAAAGCCUGGGCCUGGUUGCCCGCAAGCGGUUCUUCUGAUCUGCCCUCCCUGUUUUCCUUUGAAUCGGAAGCUAGCAGACUUCAGGCUUCCGACCCCAUUGGUGAGCAAGGUCCCGUGUUAGGCCGCCGUGCCGCCAGGCCGGGCCGGGCACCCUCUGAGUUCUGCUUCUGCCUCAUCACUGUCAAUGUGUUGACUCUACUUGAUCCGAGCAAAGGUGGUGUUCCGCACCACACCGCAACUCAGCCUGGCCUCCGUAUUGUGGCCAAGCGUGAGCUGUUGAAAAGCCAGUUCCUGGAAGCCAGAGCGUUGCUCAUUGGUCUCCAGGAAACGCGGUUGCAAGAAUCCGCGACCUUACCGGACGGACAAUUUGUUAUGCUCCAUGCCGCCGCAGACGACCGUGGGCAUUACGGCGUGGCGUUAUGGGCCAAUACUACCGUGCCCUAUGCUCAUAAGGGUGAGGCUAAGUGGUACUUGACUCGGAGCCACUUCACUGUGGUGGAGUGCCAGCCUCGCUUGCUUGUGGUUUCUGUGCGUGCGCCACACCUUUCCUGGACUGUGGUUGUGGCACACGCACCUUCGGAACCGCCUGCCGCUAAGGGUUCUGCGGCUGCCUUUUGGCGGUCAUGUAAGAAGGUGCUCAGCCGAUGCGCCCGUGAUACAGAUGUUAUUCUGCUGGCAGAUGCUAAUGCUAGGGUCGGGGGUUUGGUUUCGGACUCGGUGAGCUCGCAUGGUGCGGAGGAAGAAUCCACUACAGCUCCCGACUUCCACCAGUUCCUGGCUGAGUUCUCUCUGCAGCUGCCGUCCACUUUCGAUGAGUGUCACAGCGGUGUAUGCCACACCUGGGUGUCGCCAACCGGGCAAUGUCAUCGCAUUGAUUACAUUGCUGUACCGUUGACGUGGCCCCUCUCGGGUCUCAGCACUUUCGUUUGGGACACUUUCGAGUCCUUGCAGCUAAGGGAUGAUCACUUUCCGUUGGUACUUCGUGCCAAGAUGUGCUGCCGUACCCACGAUGAGGGUAACGCGUGUUUCACGCGUGCUGCUGUCCGGCCUACCAAAGUUACCGACCCCUCCCAUUACAUUGCCGGUGUAGAGCAAGCCCUUUUAGCGCAACCUGCAGGAUGGGGUGUAGGGGUUGAUACCCACUAUGCUCACCUGGUGCAAGAGUGGACCCGCUGGGGGCGAACUCUUUGCCAGACCGAGGAGCGUAAGCCUCGGCAAUCCUACCUUUCUGCUGACACGAUGCAACUGGUUGCUUGGCGUAAAGCAUGGCGAUCCCAGCUCCACAUUUGGAAACAAUGGCAUAGAUGUCGCACCCUCGCGUUUGGCCUUCUCCUAUGGCGGUCCUCAGUUCAUGCUGAUAUGCUGGGACCAGCCGGAGUUACGGGCCUGUGCAUAUGGGUCGAUCAUUUUCUCCUUGGUAUCGCCCAGGCCGCGCUCCUAAUAUACAGGGUCGGUAGGUAUAUUAAAUCCUCGGCCAAAGGAGACCGAGCAGCAUAUUUAGCCAAGCUGGCUCAUGAAGUUUCGCUGUCAGAUCUGAAGGACCCCAAACUCCUCUACCAACGGGUUCGCCGGGCUUUUCCUGCUUCCCGCACAGGCAAGCGUUCGCAAUUCUGCCCGUUACCCGCGGUGUACAAUGCCAACGGUGACUUGGCGGGCAGUACGCAGGAGCGCCAAGAGUGCUGGCGUAUGCAUUUUGCUGCGCAAGAAGCUGGUGACCUCAUAGAAGAGGAGGCGUACCCCGCCGAGCUCAGGCGACAGCGUUCCGUUGUUGACCGCCCGGGGCCAAUCUUUGACAUCCGAUGUGUUCCUACUCUGGCGGACGUGGAGCAGACCAUCCUCGGGCUUCCAUCAGGUAAGGCGACGGGCAACGAUGGGAUCUCUGCUGAAUUGCUGCGCGUCCACGCUCCAAUUUCGGCAAGGCUGCUGGCGUCCAUCUAUGUCAAGUCGGCACUAACUAUUUACGAGCCGAUCGAGUUUAGAGGGGGGUCCCUCAUUCCGUUGGCUAAGCGGGCAUCGGCGGCGUUCUCCAUGGACAAAUUCCGCAGUAUUUUGGUCUCCAGCCUUCCUGGCAAGAUCCUGCACAGGCAAUACCGUACAGUGCUCAUUCCCCCUCUGCAACAGGUUCGAGGUGAUUUGCAAGCUGGUGCACUCCCGGGGGUGUCAACAGAGGCUAUUAUCAUGGCUGCUCGAACCUUUCGCGACAUCAUGGUGCAUCGCCAGCAUGCAUGGUCCAUGACGUUUUUCGAUGUGCGCGCCGCUUAUUACAGAGUGUUAAGGCAGAUUUUGGUCCGAACGGGCGAUCAGGAGUGGGCCCUGCGCAAGCUACUUCAUGAGCUGGGUGUACCACCACAGGCGCUCGUGGAACUCGCCGCGAAGAUGGAAGGUAUCGGGAUCCUGGCGGACGCAGGGGUCCCCGAUCACCUUUGCCAUCUUCUUGCCGAUGCUAUGCAAGGAACGUGGUUCCGCAUCGACUGCGGCACUGCCCUUACGCUUACGAGGCGUGGGGUGCGACCCGGAGACUGCCUCGCUGACAUUCUGUUCUCUUUUACAUUCAGUGCCUAUCUGGCUUCGACAGCUGCGGCCCUGCAUCGGGCGGGCAUCCGUACGGAAAUGCCUACCGUUGCGGCUCAGCCUCCUUGGGAGGCCCCUUCAGGGACUACGGAGCUUUCGUGUGCUUCUUGGGCUGAUGACUUUGUCCAUCUGGCUGCCCAAGAGUGUCACAGCUCCAUCUCUGCACGUGUAGUCCGCACUGUUGAGAUCUUCACGGGUCAGGCUGAUUCCAUUGGCAUGCAGCUCACUUUUGCGUCAGACAAGACAGCUGCCAUGCUCAGCCAGGUUUCUGGCCAGACCGUGCCUGUGCUUGAGGACUCGGAAGGACAAUUCCUUCCGAUUGUGAGUCCGGUUACGGGCACCUGCCAUCGGCUGCCAGUGGUCUCGGCCUACAGACACCUGGGUGGCAUCGCCACUGUCUCGGGCACCCCGGUACCUGAAAUAGGGUUUCGUCAUUCCCUGGCUCUGAAGGUCGUCAGACCACUCCGGUCCCGCCUGUUCUCAGCCUAUGGUAUUCCUUUUUCCACCCGAUGUCUUUUGCUCCGAUCCCUGGUCAUGUCUCGUUACAUGUUCGGGGGAGCUGCACUCCCUCUGCACGCUGCCGUGCAUAAGCGAUUAUGGGCGAAACAUUUCGUCGCCUUAUGGAGGGUCCUGUGGCGUCGUUUGCCAGGAGAACAUUGCCGGCACUCGUAUGCUGUACUGGGGACGGCACAUGCCCCCACUCCACCCCUGGCUCUUGCUCUUUCCCGAGCGGUGCUGUUUCGGCAGCUUCUUACGUCGGGGCCCUCCUCGCUUUUGCAUCUGCUUUUCGUGCAUUGGACUGAGUCCCCGCGUCAUGCCUGGCUCGGCAUGUUACUUGAGGAUGUCCAGCAUGUGGCACAAUAUCUGCCUGAGGUUCGUGAUGUGUCGGCGUCUGCUGAUUGGUUGUGUGCCCUGGUCCAGCGCCUACGGGAUUCUCCGCAAUGGUGGGUUGGCCGCGUCAAGGCGGCUAUCCGUUGUGCUGUUGCUGAGAUGCAACCUUGGUGCGCAUCGGUCCGUUGUCAACAGCCGCCUGACGGUUCCCCUCAACCUCCGAACGGCUUAACCGAUGUCCAGGGAGCCGUGCCUGCUUCGCCUGUGUCCGGAGACUUGCCCUUUUCCUGCCACUGGUGCCAGGCUCGCUUCAGGCUUCGCAAGCACUUGUUCGUGCACCUUGCCAGGUCUCAUCAGGUCUUUGCGCCCGCGCGCCACCUUGCGCAUGGGGUUACGUGUGUCAGCUGUUUGCGCUGUUUCCACACGGUUUCCCGACACCAGCAGCAUCUGAAACGUACGGAUCAGUGUCUGCUCCGUACCUGCCUUCUUGUGCCAUGCCUUUCUCUUGAAGAAGUCAAACUAGGUGAGGCCGGUGUCGUCAGGACCUCUAGGCAGCUCCGUAAAGGUGAUUGGGGAGCAUACGUUGUUACGGAGCCUGCGCUCCAGGCCUCUGGGCCUCGGCAACUCACAUCCCGAGAGCGGUUGGACUUAGCCGACGAGGACCUGGAUUUGGGCCUCAUUUCACGUAUGUUCUUCCCCCUCUUCCAGGCAUGGGUUGCCGAGUUUGUUGCUGGACGUUCUCGUGAAGGCCCUAGGGCCACUUCGUCAUCAUUUUGGGACGUACGUCCCUCGAGCCAAAAGUUUCACCAGAAUUCAAUGUGCUAG